AUGGUGGUUGUUCUGGUCUAUGUUGAUGACCUUCUUAUCACUAGAGAUAGUCCAAUCAUUAUCCAACAGACUAAGGAUGAUUUACAAACUUCUUUUAAGAUCAAAUACCUAGGAGAGCUUAAGUACUUCCUAGGCAUAGAAUUUGCACGAAAUAGUGAUGGUAUACUAAUGCAUCAACACAAGUAUGCCCUAGAACUCAUAGUUGAGUUGGGGCUCUCUGGCUCUAAACCAGUAUCCUGUCCUAUGGAGCCAAAUGUGAAGCUUACUACUGCUGAAUUUGACACUCAUACAGGUACUUCUGAUGACACAUUAUUUACUGAUCCAGGGCCAUAUCAAAGGCUUCUGGGAAAGCUUCUUUAUUUGACUGUUACAAGGCCAAAUAUUUCUUUUCCUGUCCAAAGUCUGAGCUAA